CAUGAACAUGGGCAUUGAGCUUGGACUGGGGAAACCGUUGAGAACUGCCGGAGUAUGUGUACAUAUACCUAUGCUCCCUUGUCCUCUGUCGGAGGUACUCUCCAUAAUCUAUAGCUCUCCUUCUUGUCUAUAAUUACGUUUCCUCUGAGCACGAGCUAUCGAUACCCUUGGAAGCGGCUAUGGCUCUCCCGAUCCUCCCCGUCGCAGGCGCAAUCGCAGGCCUUACAACUGCUGCUGCCUACCUCGAUGCCAAAUUCCACAUCCGCAAGGAUCUCAGAGCUCUGCGAGGAUUGAAUUCGGCACAACGCGACUUCGACGCUGCAUGCAAGAAGAACGGCCGAAGUCUCUGGUAUUUCUUCGAAGCGCAAGCACAUCAGCAACCCGAGUCGAGCGAGGCCAUUUGGUCGCGAACAGCAUGUUACACCUGGGGCGAGACGUACGCAAACGCAUGCCGAUAUGCACAGUUUUUCCUACAGAAUGGCGUGAAGCCUGGAGAACUAGUCUCGCUCUACCUCACGAACCAGCCUGAGUUCAUUUUCGCACAUCUGGGUUCGUGGGCUGUAGGCUCAGCACCGGCUCUCAUAAACCACCAUCUGGCAGGAGAUGCUCUGGUACACUGUUUGAAGGUGGCGGGCGGUAAACUGCUGCUCGUCGACGAGGAGUCCGAGGCGCAGGCACGCAUUGAGGCCGUUCGUGACAGGAUCGAGGGGGAGCUCGGCAUGACCAUCAGAAUAUUGGACAAGCAUACAAAGGGCGAGAUUCUGCGCAUGGAGCCAAAGAGACCCGAGGACGAAUAUCGCGCUGGCGUGAUGGGCACUUCCCCUAUAUUCCUAUUCUACACAAGCGGCACGACAGGACAUCCGAAAGCAUGCCCGUUUGAAACGCAGAGAGCCGGCGUUCUUGCUGUAGGACGGACGAGGGACUUAGGCAUGAAGCCUGGGCCAGACGGCGAUAGGUGGUACGUUCCCAUGCCUCUAUACCACGGCACUGGUGGCACAACAGCGUUGUCUUGUAUGCUUUCUGGCGUGACACUCUGCAUUGGAAAGAAGUUCUCGACAUCCAAAUUCUGGACCGACAUCCGCGAUUCCAGAUCGACCGCAUUCGUAUACGUCGGAGAAACCGCGCGAUAUCUCCUCGCGAACCCCCCAAGUCCUCUGGACAAGCAACACAACGUCAAGACUAUGUUUGGAAACGGCAUGCGUCCGGAUGUAUGGCAUCGUUUCGUGGAGCGAUUUGGCAUAGAACAGGUGGCCGAGUUCUUCAACAGUACAGAAGGUGUUCUGGCUCUGAUGAACGUUUGUCGCGGUCCAUUCCAGGCCACCGCCGUCGGCCAUCAAGGUGCCAUUAUGCGCUGGAAGACGCACGACCUCUACAUUCCGGUGGAAAUAGACUUUGAGACAAACGACAUCGCCCGAGAUCCGAAGACGGGAUUCGCCAAGAGGAAACCCUACGAAGAGGGUGGUGAAAUUCUGGUAAGGUUGCCACACGAGUCGGCCUUUGUCGGAUACUACAAGAACCCAGAAGCCACAAACAAGAUGUUUGUACGGAACGUGUUCAAGAAAGGCGACCUCUUCUAUCGCACAGGAGAUGCAUUACGACGAGACGAGCACGGCCGCUGGUUCUUCCUCGACCGACUAGGCGAUACCUUCCGCUGGAAGUCCGAAAACGUCAGCACUGCGGAGGUCAGUGAAGUCCUAGGCCACUUCCCAGGCAUUGUAGAAGCGAACGUCUACGGGGUCCAAGUACCUGGACAUGACGGACGCGCCGGUUGCGCAGCGAUUUAUAUUGACCCUGCUUUGCUGCCCAAGUUCGACUUCAACGCACUGCUCGAGCAUGCGCGUGCGAAACUACCAAAAUAUGCCGUUCCAGUCUUCCUUCGCGUGCUUAACGACAUCACCACCAUGCACAACAACAAGCAGAACAAGGUGCCGCUCCGGAACGACGGUAUCGACCUGAGGAAACUACAAGAGAGGAAAGACACAGAGAGUGCGAAAGCCGGACUAGCGACGGAUAGCAUUAAGUACGAUACUAUCUACUGGAAUCCAUCUGCGUUGAACAACGUGAAAGGAGCAGGCGGUGAUAACGAUGGGUUCGUUGUGUAUACCAUGGAAGAUUGGGACAACCUUAACAGGACACUUCCGAAAAUUUAGUGGGCGCGGGGACAUGACACGAUUUUGUUUGAUAUAUAGCACUCUUGGUAGUUUUCAAAGGAUUGAAGGUUUAGCUGUAGCUGGUGGACACGCGCUAUCUGCCUUUUGCUUCGCCGUCACCUCCGAGGGUUCCUAGAACCACUGUUCGAAU